UCUUGAUUUUAUUUUAAAAUGUAUUUGUGAGGUAAAGCUGGUGGGGUAACAGCCUCAAUCAGGACAAUCUGCGAUCCAGAUCACGUGAACAAAUAUGCUUGUACUUUAAGGCAGCGCCUUUAUUUGUCAUGAUAAAGGUUUCGGAAAUAUCCUAAUGUCGACUCAUUCUGUGAGCCUGCCUCUGUAAACGUAGAUUUUAUUUUCCAAAUGGAAGGUUGAUUGCCAGUAAUAUUUCGCUUUGGAAUAAGAAGACCGUCUUGGCUUUUUAUUGGUAGCUGAGUGAGUGGCUCCCAUUCUUUCGGGAAUACAGUGCAUUGGUAUAUGGAAAUGCCUGGAAAAGCGCGAGAUCAGUUUUAAGACAGUACUGUCUAUAGACAAAAGGUGAAGGAUAUAUCCGAGCAGCUGCACUAAGGGAUACUGAGACAAAGGAGCACGACUAUAUAAUAAAUUGAUUCACAGGUCGCGGUCCGAAUUAUGAAGAUCGAUUGAGGGGAAAGAGAGGACAGAACGCAAUAGACUGUGCAGGUCGAAGGAGAGAAAAUCUGUGGGAAGCUCCAAUCACCUGACUGCCGAGUCCAUGCAACUGGACAGGCCAUCCUAGUUUGAAUCUUGCAGACCAAAAUGCAGAAAGCCACUUAUUAUGAUAAUGCUGGACUCUUUGGAGGAUACUCCUACACUAAAUCUGACUCCUAUACAUAUGGUCCUGCUCACCAGGGCUACUCCUCCUCCAGCAUAGAUAAUGACUAUCAAAACUCAGUCUGUUCCAUUCAAACCACAUCAGUUCGGCCACCAUCACAUAAAAAUGGAGACAUCAGUGGCAGUUGUAUGCGACCAAGUGCCAGCCAGGGCAACAGCCAGCCAGAGAACAUCAGUGAGCAGCAACAGCAGAAUGCCCCAUUAGCAGCUAGCUCACCCAGCCCUAACACCAACUCCACUCCAAAAAAGAAAUCACCCAGCAACACUGGCUCCAGCACUACCACCCCAGUGAUCACCAAGCAAAUCUUCCCAUGGAUGAAAGAGACCCGUCACAACUCAAAGCAGAAAAGCACCAACUGUACAACUACAGGAGAAACCAGCGAUGACAAGAGUCCACCUGGCCCUGCAUCGAAACGGGUGCGCACUGCUUAUACUAGUGCCCAACUCGUAGAGCUGGAGAAGGAGUUUCAUUUUAAUCGCUACCUGUGUCGCCCCAGAAGAGUGGAGAUGGCUAAUCUGCUCAAUCUCACCGAGCGCCAAAUAAAGAUCUGGUUUCAAAACAGAAGGAUGAAGUACAAAAAAGAUCAGAAAUUGAAGGGUAUAAUGCACUCUCCCUUAGGACACUCUCCGGACAGGAGCCCGCCGUUAAGUGGCUCGAAUCACAUUGGAUAUUCUGGUCAUCUUCCAAAUGUAAACAGCUUGAGCUACGACGCGCCAUCUCCUCCGUCAUUCGCCAAACCGCAACAGAAUAUGUACGGUUUGGCAGCCUACACGGCGCCAUUAGGCGGCUGCAUACCACAACAGAAAAGGUUCCCGGGUACAGAAUACGAACACCACAGCAUGCAAGGGAACGGCAGCUUUGCCAGUGCUAAUUUACAAGGAAGUCCCGUGUAUGUUGGGGGAAACUUCGUUGAUUCAAUGCCAGCCUCGGGCCCUAUGUUCAACCUCGGUCAUCUUCCGCAUCCCUCAUCCGCUAGUGUGGACUACAGCUGUGCCGCUCAGAUUCCGGGCAACCAUCACCACGGACCGUGUGACCCCCACCCCACAUACACAGACCUCAGCUCUCACCACGCGUCUCAGGGAAGGCUGCAGGAUGCGCCCAAACUCACGCAUCUGUAAGGAUCCCAUCUGUGUGCUCAAGCGCAAUGUCGCGUUUUUAUUACCUCACUAGUUAAACUAAUUUAUAAAAUUACACUUCGAGAGAAACAUAACGUAUUAUCCCGUAUUGUUAUUAUUAUUGAUAUUACUAUUACUGCUAUGAUUGUAAUUCUUUUUAAUAAUAGCUGUGGUUCAUUUCUCUCGACUGUUGAAGAUGCACAGGGGUGUUUGUUGUCUGUUGUUUGGUUCUCGGAGGAGUUUUGAGGGCAAACGAAUUCCCAUAAAUUAUUACUUGAAGGUAAGUUCUGUAGAUUUCACAGUAUAGACAUCAAUCUUUAUAGAGAUGGGAUUUGUAGAGAAAAAUAAAAUAAUAGCCUCUUCGUUAAAUUAGUCAAGGGCACUACCGAUUCUUCUCGUCAUAAAGUACCAUUAUUUAUUAUUUUCCUCCAAGAUUGUAUGACACUUAUCUUGACUGAGUAUUAUAUUUAUUAUUGAUCGAUUUUGUAAUACAUUAUUUAUCUUUUCGUGCAGAUUAUUUAUAUAGGAAAUUGCAGACAUAAUUGUGCAGAGCCCAUUGACAUUUUUUUUCCUCGAACUGGUUCAAACAAGGUGAUUUUGUGAGGCUAGUGUAUUUCAUAUAUACAUUAGCCUCACAAUAUUACACACACACACACACACAUACAUACAUACAUAUAUAAUAUUCAUAUAUAUGUGUGUGUGUGUAAUAUUCUGCGCGUGCGCACGCACAUACAAACACACAAAUCUAACAAGGCAGACAUCUCUAAAUUUAAAUUUUUCAUAAUCAUUGGUAACCGGACACUUUUUGGACAAGGUCAUGGUUAAUAUGUUGUUUAAAUACACCAGCACGUAAUGAACACGUCCUCACAUCAUUUAUAAAUGUUAUUUUGUAAGUUGCACAAUCCAUGGAUACAAUGAUGAAAUGGUAACGAUAUGGAAAUGUUAUAUUUUAUUGUGUUAAACAUUUUGUAAAUAAAGUGCUUA